UCUAUUACACAUGCUAAUUAAUUAAGCAGCUUUCGUCUUGUGCCAAUGAUGCAUGGCAACAUAGUCAAAUCGCAUCUCCUCCCACUUUAAUUGGAUUGAAGACCAUAUUACACGACUAACUCAAAUGUACAUAUUACGAAAGAUUUUACGAAAACCUGCAGUAUCAAUCCAUUAUAGAGAUGAUUAAGCACCUUUUUUUUUUUCAUUUGUGUACUUUUUAAGCUAGGUCUAGGGUUUCGAUUGUUGUGUUGGAUCAAUUUAUUAUUGGUACCCAAACUCUCCAGCUUUUAUUGAAGAGGACGUCACCCAUCAACCCUAUGAUUAUUGACUUUUAACUCCUUUCCAUACAAUAUUGAUGGCAACAUCCUAACCCACACUACCACCCCCUACAUUAGUACAUAGUUAAUUAACCUCUUCUAGAUUACUAUCUUCUUUCAAGUUUGCAUGAUUUAGUUAUGCAUGAAAGUUAAAAGAGUAACAAUCAAGUUAGCCAAAAUAGUGUGAGAGGUUUUACUUACAAAAGCUUGAUAAGUCCCUUUUAGGUACCUGCAUUUGGUGAAAAAGAACGUAGCUACUAGUUAGGGAGGUUGGACUUGCGACGCUGGUAGAUUGAUAACAGUUUCGAAUCACAAAAUUUCGAGUAGAUGGUUAAAAAUAAAUAACCGUGUGUUCAUCAUCUGAUUACGUAAAAUGCCUGCCCCGUCAUUCAACUAGGUAAUUAGUAAGGUUAUGAAUUCCAGCUUGUGUUCACCAUGAUUAUAUACAAAAUGCACAUUCGUUCUUCUUUCCUUGUGUUAUAAAAACAAGGGACAAGAAGCGAUUAGCUUUGGGCCUCACAUCACAAUGAAACAAAGAUACGUUCCAUAAUAUGAAGUUUAAUGGGCCAUUCCAUAUUCCAAAUUAUUGGGCUCGAGUUACCAAAUGGAGUUGCUUUUCAGCCCACCUAAUUUUCGCUUGGACUAGCCAGCCCAAUAUAAGCGCUCGCCGGUUUUAUAGCCCAUAUAUGGCCUCCUCUCACAAAGUCACAACUUACAACACUCCCUUGUUCAUUUUGGUUUCCUCGGCAAAAGUACAUCACAAAAUUAGAUUAAAAAAUGGAAAUAAAAAUUAUAGUGAAGUUUUAUAUGCACAUAUUUUCAGAGUCAAUAUUGUUAGUAAUUUGUUAUAGUGAUUUUUCAAGUUAUCGUGAUUUGGAGAAAAUGGUCGAAUGUUUAUGAUAAAUGAAUCAGUGGCGUACUCAAAAUUAUUGAAUAGGUGUGUCGGCUUAUAAAAUAAUAUAUUAAAUAAAAAUAAUUCAUAAUAAAAUUUACAAUAUAGUUUACAACAAAUCACUACGACUUUUCAUAUAUUGAAAGGUUCGUAAAAUAUAUUUAUCGUCCAUGUUGCAAAUCAAAGAUUUUCUUGGUAUAUACAACUAAAAAAUCAUUCAUAAAUUGGUAAUUUAAUCAAUUUUGGAGAUUGUUCUUGAUUAAUUUCAUAGCUGAAAAGGCAUUUGGAAACUUGUAGUUGCAAUAGAUAAAGUCAACACUAACUUCAGAACCAAGUAAACUAAAAGACAACAUGUAUUUAUUUGUUCUAUUAACUACAUAACAACAAAUUUCUUGUAGAAUAAUAAAGGUGUGUCGCUUACAAUUAUAUUAGGUGUGUCGGAAGUCCCGAUUUUCAAUUUUUUGUACCGUCGAAAGCAGAGUUUCUCACAAAAAAAUUCUACCUAAGGUGUGUCGGGUGACACACCUUGCUCUAACUUGGGUCCGCCCCUGCAAAUGAUCAACAUGAUGAUACACUUGUUGCAACAUUGACUAUACCAUUGCAUAGAAAAAUAACCAUCUAUCCAUCUAAUAGGAUGUUCGGCUGGUGUCAUUAUCUUAUCAGUGUUGAAACAAAAUUCUAUCAUUGGAAAAGUUUCAAUUUCUCAACGAUACUUCAUCGUUACAAAGAAAACUAAUGGACGACCAAGACAAGAAAAUAAUCGACCGGUUCUUCAUUACCUUAUCAGUAUUAGAACAAGAUUUCAUUUGUUACCAUUUAACCCGAGUUAAUAUCAACAUAAACCUCUACAAAUAACCAUCUGUUUAUUAAUUUAUCACUCUAUACCAUGUGACCCAAACCACCUCUCGUACGAGAAGAAAGACAAGAGAGAGGAAAAAAAUCACUAGCAUUAUUAACACAUCUUAACUAUCAAAAAGAAAGCAAAAGGAUGACUCGUUCAUCUGCAAGCAAAACAAGGAAAAGCAUAUCCAAACCGAUUUGUCGUGCUGAGUGUCAUUACCUUAUCAGUGUUGAAACAAUAUUCUAUCACUGGAAAGGUUUCAAUUUCUCAACGAUACUCCAUUGUUACAAAGAAAACUAAUGGACGACCAAAACAAAAAAAAUAAUUGACCAGUUCUUCAUUACUUUAUCAAUAUUAGAACAAGAUUUCAUUUGUUACCAUUUGACCCGAGUUAAUAUCAACAUAAACCUCUACAAAUAACCAUCUAUCUAUUAAUUUAUCACUCUAUACCAUGUGACCCAAACCACCUCUCGUACGAGAAGAAAGACAAGAGAGAGGGAAAAAAAAUCACUAGCAUUAUUAACACAUCUUAACUAUCAAAAAGAAAGCAAAAGGAUGACUCGUUCAUCUGCAAGCAAAACCAGGAAAAGCAUAUCCAAACCGAUUUGUCGUGCUGAGUGUAGAUAAUUUGUUUUGUCUAUAGUUAUUAGUUCGUAUAAUUCAUAUUUCUUAAAUAUGAGUCGUCCUUGAAUGACUCCUUUAAUUAUAUGAUACAAAUUGUUAUCUUAAGAAGCUUAAUCCAUGAGAUACCUCUAGUUGAUAAAUGGAAGAAAAAAACAUCAUCCAAAGACAAGUAUAGUUCUCCUAAGAAAAGUGAAUUUCCUUCCUAAAAUUCAAUGAAAAGUAUUGUUUUUAACUCCCAAUCAUACUCUCGAAAUGUUUGACAAAUUGUUAUUUCUUACCAGGCAGUUCUUCCUUGUUUUGUUUGUUUUCUUGUUUUUGUCAAUAUCGCGCCUUGUACCCACCACUACCGAACCCUCUUCUUUUAACAAAUUACACACUUUAACGUUUUCAGGUAGAUGAGAAGGUCUUUCUGGUUGGUCAGCACAAUAAAUUUGCUCGUUUCCAUGGCCGACGUCCCUUCUCUCCAAUCCACAAUACCCAUCAUUCUGGUUUAGGCACGUUGCAAACCUUAUAGCAGUUCAUUUCUUCACCAUCCAAUUCUCCUCCCAACUACCCAUUUCACCGGCAGCGGAAAAAAAAGCCUCCAGAACCCUCCCGCUUGCAUGGCGCCGACCAGGAUUUUCGCCGGGCUGUUCCUUCUCCUCGCCAUCUACUGCGCCCUCGAUCCAUUCGAGCACAGCGCAAUCUCCGAGUUCCCUGAUUUCGUGUCCCACCCUGUUGAGAUGCCGCCGUGGUCGCUGGUUCCCACCGAGAAAGACGAGCUCAACUCGCUGCAGAAGUCGGAAAUCAAGUUCCUGGGUCAGAUUCAAGGCCCCGAGAGCUUGACCUUCGACCCUCUUGGCCGUGGGCCUUAUACUGGUAUCGCGGAUGGCAGAGUCGUGUUCUGGAAUGGCGAGAAAUUCGUUGAUUUUGCUUACACUUCCAGCAAUAGGUCAGCAAUAUGUGACCCUAAGCCUUCCCCUUUGGGCUACUUGAAGAAUGAGCACAUCUGUGGCAGGCCAUUGGGGAUCCGAUUCGAUAAGAAGACGGGUGAUUUGUACAUUGCAGAUGCGUAUUUCGGGCUGAUGAAGGUUGGCCCUGAAGGUGGAGUAGCAACAUCAAUUGCUACUGAGGCAGAAGGAGUUCCAUUCAGGUUUACUAAUGAUCUAGAUAUUGACCAAGAUGGCAACAUUUACUUCACUGAUAGCAGUACUAAGUACCAGAGAAGGAACUUCAUGCAGCUGGUUUUCUCAGCAGAAAACAGUGGGAGGGUUCUAAAAUACGAUCCCAUCACGAAGAAGGCCUCAGUCCUUUUGAAAAACCUUCAAUUCCCAAAUGGGGUGUCUCUAAGCAAAGAUGGCUCCUUCUUUGUCUUCUGCGAAGGAUCUCUCGGCGUAUUGCACAGGUACUGGCUUAAAGGCGAGAAAGCCGGCACAUUUGAGGUACUAGCAGUUUUGCCUGGAUUUCCAGACAACGUCAGGACUAACAAAGAUGGCGACUUUUGGGUUGCCAUCCACUGCCGAAGAUCCUACUACACUUACCUAUGCGCCAAGUUCCCAACUUUGAGGACAUUCCUGCUGAAGCUCCCGAUUUCAGCCAAGAUUCAGUUCCUGCUUCACAUUGGGGGCAGACCACAUGCCUUGGUCGCCAAGUAUAGCCCAGAAGGUAAGCUGCUGCAGAUAUUGGAGGACCGUCAGGGGAAAGUGAUGAAAGCGGUUAGCGAAGUGGAGGAGCGAGACGGGAAGCUGUGGAUCGGAAGCGUGUUGAUGCCUUUCGUCGGUGUUUAUAGCUUGGAGUAAGUAGUAAGAUAGAGAGAGGGAGAGCUAAAGGGUAUACCUUUGUUGUAUACAGAGGUAAUAAGGUGGUUGUUUGUUCAUCCCCACAUAGGAAGAAAUAAUGUGUUUGGAACUGAGUUUCUUUUGUUGCCCACAUACUUGGAAGGGAGAAACGAAAUGUUUUUUUUUUUUGCUAGGUUAUCCCCCUCUGUUGUUGUGCUUGUGUACUGCUGAGUUCUUCUCCUUUUUACAGGCAACUUAGCCAUUGAAAAGCAAAACUGCACUUGUUGCUUCUUCCUGAAUCAACUGUGAUAAUUGGUUAAUGGAGCUGAGUUUAUUAUGGUUAUGAACUUGCGGUGAAGCAUCUUGUACAUCUAAACGAGUCGUUGUGGCAAAAUAUCAUGUUUGGAAAACUCAUAUUAUGUAUGGGAAGUAAAAGAUGAACUUGUUGUGAAACAUUAUGACCAUCAAAACGAGUUUUUGUAACAAAAUGUUAUAUUUGAAAAAGUAAAACAAUGAGAUGUGGCAAUUAAACGCGCUUCACAUUGUCGUAGUUGAGGUCUAUAUUUUUUAAAAUGUCUUGCUUUUUCAAACAUAAAUAUUUUGAUUUAACAAACACAUCUUCUAUACUACGAUUUUUAGCAAACAGGUCACUAUACUUUAUCAUUUACUUAUUUUGAUUCUCUUGGUACAAAAAUGAAACACAUCUUUUGUACUACGAUUUUUAGCAAACGGGUCACUAUACUUUAUCAUUUACUUUAUUUUGAUUAUCUUUGUACAAAAAAAUUCAUUUGAAGAAUCCAAAUGACCAAUGACUUAUCGUAUGGAAAUGACAAUUACUAUAUUUGAAAGUCAAAUUGAAAAGCGAAUAUUUUUAACAUACCAACAAGAUAUUGUGUACAUCUACGGCGCGAUUAUUACUAAGCAUGGUCGAUUCUAACGAUAACUAGUUCAAAUUUAUAUAAGUAAAAUAAAGAUGAAUAACAUAGUGUAAAAGGCAUAAAUUGAAAAAAGAAAACCUCUAGCAUUGCCAUUUCCUGUGCACCAAGGCACCUUUCACUAUACAUCAUGACUCAUGAACAUUGUUUCGACUGGGAUGGGGCUCGGGUGUGGGAGUGUGCAUGGUGUCCCUCUUUGAUUUCCAAUGAAAUCUUUGUGCCUUAUUUGCAUUUCAACCGUGGUUUGCCUUCUGGUUAGUUAUUCUCUUCUUCCCCCGCACACGCAUUGAUCGCACGGUGACCAGAGAGGAAGAAACUGCUAUUUUGGUGUUCUCUUUUUUGCUUGACAGGACCAUUGAUUGGAGGGGCUGGAGAUUACCUAUGGGAGCAGUUGAGGUCAUUAUUGCGCCUACCUGUUAGAGAGAGGAAAGCUGAGUAGAGUGAGCCUCGGUCAAUUUUAAUGUGCGCCUGAAACUAGAACGAGUUUACUGUGCCGGGCUGGUGGGUUGGCUCAGUACCUCUGCCAUUUGCAGAAAUCUCAUGGUCAUGGAGAUCUAGAUGAGACUCCCUUUGGUAAGAUGUUGUUUGAAUGUUGUUGAUUUGUUCGGUUCCAAUACUUUUAUACGCCAGAUGUAAUUUCUAUUCUGUUUGAUAGAUCGCAGGUUACUGAUUUGUUCUCUUCUCUUCCAUCUGCCGCUUGGAGUGGAAGUCUAGGUUGGCAGUUGGAUUUGUGGAGUUCAAAGAGCAGAUUGGAGAGGAGGUAGUUCCGUGGAUUUUAAGCAAAAAUGUAGCAAUAAUAUGAGGGGAUUGCUCGGCUGCUAUUCACGAUCUGCUACUGGGUUCGUCAAUGAAUUUGAGGGACACAGAGGUAUCCAAGAAAAAAAAAAUCUGCAGAUUUACGUUUAGGCCUAAGCUAAAUGUUCUAUCUGUUAAGUGUUCUCUGUAUAUUUGCGUGUGCUCUUCUUCUUUUCUUUCAUUAGUUUCAUCUUUUUUGGUGUGAGGUACCAACGCUAUCUAUUACAAAAGCGAGUAGACAUGGGUGGUCAAUGGUGCCUAUUCCCGGAACUGGUCACUGUCAUUUCCGUUAAAUGUACUUACUGUACCAGUACUUUGAAUUAUGCAAUUCAACUGGUUUGUUCCUGCUGUUCUUGCCAUGUUCAUUCAAGUCUUAUAAAUCAUGAAUUGAAAAUGAAAUGAUGAAUGGCUACAUCUCGGUCGUAAUUAUGCUGGCAAUAUAAUUCGGUGGAUCUAGCAACAAGCAAGCUGGGUUGUUAAUAAAUUAUUUGUGAGCUUUUAAAAACAUGAGAUUAGCAACAAAUGAGUUUGUUCAUGUGCGUUUGGAAUAUUAGUUAUUUUGCAAAAUAUAAAUAUUAGUACAAAUUUAGAAAGUUCCAGUCGUGAUUGUUGAAUGAAACUUGAGCUUCAAU